AUGCGUUUCCAGGCCCCCCAGCUCGGCGCCCUAGGCGUAACCUUCACGGGCUUCAGAGCCAUGCAGUUCGUUUCGCUCGUUGCUAUUAUUGGCAUGACGUCCAAUUUCAUUAACGACAUUGUGACCUCCAAUCGCGAUAUGCCGGACGUGCUCGUUGGGACUCUCUCUGUAGCGAGCAUCGCGACUCUUUAUGUUUCUAUUUCUUAUAUUCUAUACUACGAUGGUCUUCUCCCCCUUCUUAUCGCCGGAGGGAUCGACUUCGCACUUCUCGUAGCCAGCAUUGUUGUUGCCGUCACCAUUGGCAAGCCCUUAUCGAUGCUCAAGUGUCAAUUGCUUCCCCAGCCCGCCGAAACCACACCGACAUUCACGUUGUCGAUCUCAACCCGUGACGCCUCUGCGGCUACCAAAUAUAAUAACUAUCUGGCCCUCAUCACUACCGACCAGCCGCACUGCUAUGAAAUCAAGGCCGUCUGGGGACUAAGCAUCGCGCUCUGCGUACUAUUCGCCUUCUCGGGCGUCGUCUGCGUCGGACUCUGGCGCCGCAUUAAAUCCAGCGGCGCGGACGCUCCCAAGGACAUUGAAGUCGAGAAGCCAUACCGGGGUGAUUUUGGUCCAGCCCGACAAAUCUCGGGGCCAACCGCACUCGGGACCCGGCUUCUCUCGGCAAAGGACCCGGAACUGGGCCGGUGGGUCCCGCCCCCUCAUCUGGCAACCCCCAAACCCGCGCGCCGCCCCCCUAUUCUUCGAUCGGUCGAUGAGGAUAUUCGACCAGUACCACCAACUUCCGUGGUGGUCCAUGCAAAUGCAAAUGCAGGCCCGACUAUUGUCACAAGGCAACCUCCAAUUAGCAAUGUUCCCCCUCCCCCAGCUCCAGCUGUUCUACCUUUGACAGCGGCUCGUUCUUUUGAUCCAUCCAAUGAACCGAAAGAGGAUUACAUCCCCAUCAUGCACCAAAAAUCUCUCAAAAAUACCGAUACCAACUCCAAGGGGAAGGGGAAGAUGCCUACUCUUCCAAUUGCGGUUGUAAUCCCGCCCACUCCAAGCGACGAUGGCUUCACGCCCAUCACGCCAACCCCGGCGUCGCCUCGAGUGAAGGGAUUCCGACUCAGCCGGGCUCCUCCACUCCCUCAAUCCCCAAAUGCGCUAGGAAUUUCGGUCCCUACGGGCAAAAGUUUUAUCCGCGCAAAGAGUAUGAAGGCCGAGAUUUGCCACGUAGAUGACGAGACGACGCCUUUGAGCCCAACCAGCGGUCAGGAUUUACAGGCGCAGAUGGUGACGAUGACGAGGCCGAAACCGAAGCGGAAGACAUUGUGGGGAGUUAUUGAGGGGUGGUGGGACUUAGGAUUAUUGGAGCGCGGGAAAAGCUUAAGGCGUAAGGGUUAAUGGGUAAUUAUGCGAAUACGGUGAUAUAUAUCUAGGUAAUGGAUGAAAGGUAAUGUGAUGUUGGGAUUGUCGGUGGGGUGAUGGUCGGAGUUUUUGAUUUCUAAUACUGAGCAAGAAAA